AUGGCGACUGCAGUGACGUCCACUAGCGACGCCGCAGAAAUCCCCGGGCCGAUUCCCUGUGCUUACCCACCCGCUAAACCACCAGCCCAUGUAUACGACACAAUCAUCACCAUCGCGGUCGGACCCGACAACGCCAAGAAAAAGUUCAAGAUCUAUCGCGGGCUGCUUUGUCACUUCUCGAGCUACUUUGAUCGCAUGCUGAACGGCUCGUUCAAGGAAUGCGGCUCAACCUAUCUACGUCUGAAAGACAUCGACGCUGAAACCUUCAACGUCUUCUACUAUUGGCUCAACUCCGGUGUUGUAGACUGCAUGGACAAUGCGGCUCAGUUCCACUGGACAAAAGCGAUGACUGUGUACGUGUUCGCCGACUUUCAUCAGGCGUCUAUCUUCAAGAAUGCUGUUCUGGACUCUCUGUACCGUUUCUGGGUAGCAGAGAGGCAGGUCAGAGUAGGUGUUACAGAAUUUCUGUACACCAACACAUCUGAAGGAGACGGCAUGAGAAAGCUGAUUGUCGAUAUACUGAUAACAACCGGCGGCUUCAGAAAAUGUGACAAGGCUCGUCUCUUCAAUUGCCACAAAUAG